CACCACUGAAUUCACUCAUGCAAGUCCAAUCCUCCGCCAAUACUUAUUUGAUGCGCUGUGCGCUCGACCGCUCGCGUGACAUCUCUGGUCAAUCAACAUCCUUUUAGCACCUCACACACCCACACUCACACACUCUCUCUCGACUUCACCAGCUGCCCGCGCAGCAACAAACUUUCGCUUCAGGAAACUACGAGACUCCCCACUUACCUCAACCUCGCGAACCUCGCGAACGCUAUUGCCGAUCCCAUCGCUCUACGCCGACCGCACUGCACCCGUCGCGCGCCAUGGCGAGCUUCGACGAGAAGACCACGCCUUCGCCAGCCAUCGAUCGCGCCGACUCGCAGACUCACUCCAGCGACCACGAUCAUGAACGCGACGUGCCUCGCGGAUGGAUGUACCAGGAGCACAAGCUCGGCUUCCUCACCAUCCCAUACUAUGCGUCGCCUAAGGCUCAGCUGCUUUUGGUAGCUUUCGUAUGCUUCCUGUGCCCCGGAAUGUUCAACGCCGUCAAUGGACUCGGCGGAGGCGGCCAGUUCAGUGCGACAGCGAGCAGCAACUCGAACACUGCCCUGUACUCUACCUUUGCCGUGGUGGGUUUCCUCGCCGGAACCGUCACCAACACCAUCGGCAUUCGCUGGUCCCUCGCCUUCGGCGGAAUUGGCUACUCCAUCUACAUCGCCGCUUACCUCUGCUACAACUACACCGAGAACCUGGGCUUCGUGACCUUUGCGGGUGCGCUCCUCGGAGUUUGCGCCGGUAUUCUCUGGUCGGCUCAAGGUGCGAUCAUGAUGUCGUACCCACUUGAAGCUGAGAAGGGACGCUUCAUUUCCUGGUUUUGGAUGAUCUUUAACAUGGGCGGUGUGAUCGGCAGUCUUGUUCCACUAGGACAGAACAUCCACAAUGACCACAAUGGCGCAGUAUCGAGUGGCACGUACAUCGGCUUUUUGAUCCUGACGUUCGUUGGUGGCAUGCUUGCGUGGGUCCUCGUGGAUGCCAAGAAGGUCGUUCGCAGUGACGGAUCCAAGGUGAUACUGAUGAAACACCCAACCUGGAAAUCGGAGAUUUUCGGUCUCUGGGAGACACUGAUCAGUGACCCCUGGGUCUUGUGUCUCUUCCCCAUGUUCUUCGCCUCCAACUGGUUCUACACCUACCAAUUCAACGGUGUCAACCUGGCUCGGUUCACGGUUCGCACCCGCGCACUCAACAAUGUGCUCUACUGGUUCAUGCAGAUUGUCGGCGCCUGCGUCUUCGGCAAUGCACUCGACAUUGAGAAGUUCUCACGUACUGCUCGUGCUAAGGGCUGCUGGAUCUCACUCUUCGUGCUGACCAUGGUCAUCUGGGGCGGCGGCUACGCCUUCCAGAAAGACUACACGCGCGCAUCAGUCAAGGCGAAUCCGGAGCUGCUCAUGGACUGGGUCGAGGGCCGCUACAUUGGACCCAUGUUCCUGUACAUGUUCUACGGCUUCUACGACGCUGCUUGGCAGACAUCGGUCUACUGGCUCAUGGGCGCUCUCUCCAACAACAGCCGCAAGCUGGCGAACUAUGCGGGAUUCUACAAGGGCAUCCAGUCUGCCGGUGCUGCCAUCAUGUGGCGCGUGGAUGGCUUGGGCGCUCCGUACAUGAGCGAGUUCGGUUCGUGCUGGGGACUCCUCGCCGGCAGCUUGCUCAUUGCACUGCCGAUGAUGAUUGCCAAGAUUCGCGACACGACUCCCGUGGAGGAAGACCUGAAGUUCACUGAUGAGACCAUGGACGAUGUCCACGUCGGCAAGCCGGUGGGCACGACGUCGACCGAUAUCGAGUCGAAGGAAUAAGCAGCAGCAGCACCACAGGUGCGACGUUGCACCACCUCAUCUCCUCGAGCAGGGAUGAAUUUGUGGUCUGAUGUCCGGAGGGGUACACCACGAUGUGUUUUACGUGCUUCGCACAAGAUGCUGCGAGUCGCUUCUUGAGGAGAUGAAGAAGAAUGACAUGGGAGAUUUUGGUUUGAGCAAGGCGUUGAGGCGUGGAUGAACCAGAGCCGCUAGCCGCGACCUGGCACGAUGGGGCAUUAUUGCAACGUAAUGACAGAUGCCAUGCAUGUCAGCAUGUCGUGAGAACAGAGUCGAACAGAUAACAGUUUCAUUCCACACACACCUACAGAUUCCACAC